UGGAGCUUCAGAGCGCCUUUGCAGCUCAGGAAAGUGGAAGCAGCUUCACGGGAAUUUUUCUGUUUACAGCCCCAGCAGCCGAGCGGUUUCUUUUCUAACACUGAAAUUGAAACGUGGGACCGUGGGAAAUACACUGACUUCGGAAUGACUGAUGACUGAUGAUCAAAGACGGAGUUCCUAUCCUGGUUUUCACCUUACGGGGACAGUCCCCGCCUCCCAGCCAACCCCCACGCUUCUGCUUGGGACCCUCCAGACGCUUUCCACGGACCUCUCCCCUCCCCUCAGUGAUUCCAACCCGGACUGGCACAGACAUUCUCUGCUGAUGGCAGUGAUGGAGAACGCAACGUGGCCACAUCCCUCAUACCUCCCACAUUAUCUCCUCCGUGGUGACCCUUUCGCCUCAAGACUCUCCAGGGAGGCGGACGUUGUUGCAGCCCUUUACGUCUGUAUCAUAGGAAUCAUGUCUGCAACAGGGAAUGGAUAUGUCAUUUAUAUGACCAUGAAACGGAAGACCAAGUUAAAGCCUCCUGAGCUCAUGACUGUUAACCUAGCCAUCUUUGAUUUUGGCAUAUCAGUGACAGGAAAGCCCUUUUUCAUUGUGUCUAGUUUAUCCCACCGCUGGCUGUUUGGCUGGGAGGGAUGUCGAUUCUAUGGCUGGGCAGGCUUCUUCUUUGGAUGUGGGAGCCUCAUCACAAUGACUGUGGUCAGCCUGGACCGGUAUCUCAAGAUUUGCCAUCUCCGAUAUGGUGCAUGGCUAAAACGCCACCACGCGUUCCUGUGCCUGGCCUUUGUAUGGGUGUAUGCAGCCUUCUGGGCCACAAUGCCCCUGGUGGGCUGGGGAAAUUAUGCUCCGGAGCCCUUUGGGACCUCUUGUACCCUGGACUGGUGGUUGGCUCAAGCCUCAGUGUCUGGCCAGAGCUUCGUCAUGGCCAUUUUGUUCUUCUGUCUUAUACUCCCUGCAGGGAUGAUUGUCUUCUCUUAUGUUAUGAUCAUCUUCAAGGUCAAGUCAUCUGCUAAAGAAAUUUCACAUUAUGAUGCACGCAUCAAAAACAGCCACACCCUUGAGAUGAAACUGACAAAGGUGGCAAUGGUGAUCUGCACAGGCUUCUUGAUAGCCUGGAUCCCUUAUGCAGUGGUGUCAGUGGUGUCAGCAUUUGGUGAGCCAGACUCAGUGCCCAUCCCUGUGUCUGUUGUUCCUACGUUGCUGGCCAAAUCCUCCGCAAUGUACAAUCCCAUUAUCUACCAGCUUGUGGACCUGAAAAUCUCAGCCUCCUGUUUUAAGGUUAUGAAGAAACAAAGGCAUUUUAGAAAGUCAAGGUUCUAUGCCAUCUCUGGCUCAUUAAAAGAAACACCACCAGCCAAAGAAGUCCACAUUGAAGUGUGAGACAAAUG